AUGGCGAAUUUAUUGGGUUUCGGCAAGAACGACAAGUUAAAGACGACCUACGAUGCGGCUUCUGCGGCUCCGAAAUGCUGCAACGAAUCUAAUGAAAGUAUAAGGACAUGCGGCAAUGUAGAAAAUCAAAAUUGUGAAAUAUUAUCGGAAUGUCCGAAACCGAAAACGCCUUCAACGUAUCCGGGUAUGCCAAACAGCUGUUCUCCGCCUCUUAAUACAUCCGAAAACGUACCAUCAUCUUCUUGUCCAAACGAAUUGAUUCCAAACGACGCCGAAUCGGUCGAAAAACUAUGUAACAAACUUUCUACGAUCAUCUUGCGAGUGUGCGGUGUAAUAGAAAAGGUCACAAAUCAAUGUGAUCUUAAAUCCGAAGGACCGUCAAAAAUGUGUAAUGUGAAGCCUAUUAACUACUCCCCGCAAGCCUAUCCUGCAGCCGAGACAUCGUCUUUUACACAGGAUGUUAAAACCGAGCUUUCGGGUGGUUCUCCGUCGAAAAGUUCACCUGCAGAAACCAUCCGCAACAACUUUAAACCGCCACCAGGAGAAAUAUUGAAAUCGGCACCCGUGCCGCGGCCGAUACCAACAACCGAAAAGCCGAUUGCCAAAACCACAUCUAAGACGUCUAAAGACGUCUCCAAUAAAAACAAAUCGACGUCUUGUACCUCAAAGAUUAGUAUUAAAGACAGUUAUAGUAAACGAUCCAACGACAAGAAAGCUGAGGCAAAACUGAAAAAUCGAGUUAAAUAA